AUGCGCACACUCACGUGCCCCUUCACGCGCUCUCUCACGCGCACUCUCACGCGCACCCUCACGCGCUCUCUCACGUUCUCUCUAACGAGCUCUCUCACGCGCACCCUCAUACGCACUCUCACACGCUCCCUCACACGCAUUCUCACACGCUCUCUCACACGAUCUUUCACGCUCCCUAACGCGCACUCUCACGCGCACUCUCAUGCGCUCUCUCACGCGCUCUCUCACGCGCUCUCUCAUGCACUUGCGCACGCGCUCCCUCACGCGCUCUCUCACGCGCCCCCUCACGCGCUCUCUCAUGCGCACUCUCACGUGCUCUCUCACGCACACUCUCACGUGCUCCCUCACGCGCUCUCUCACGCGCUAUCUCACGCGCUCUCUCAUGCGCACUCUCACGCGCACACUCAUGUGCACUCUCACGCACACACUCACGCGCACUCUUACGCGCACACUCACGCGCUCUCUCACGCGCACACUCACGCACUCUCACGCGCUCUCUCCCCACUCUCUCACGCGCACUCACGCGCUCUCUCACGCGCAAUCUCACUCGCUCUCUCACGCGCACUCUCACGCGCUCUCUCACGCGCACUCUCCUGCGCGUUCGCUCCCUUGCACACGCUCUCCCUCGCUCUUCGACUCCUAGUCCUACCCCCUUCACUUGGGGUGUGGGCUGGACAGCAGGGUGCAGGGGAACACAUGUAUCACGCUGAUUCUUGCCUAGUCACCUUCUGCCCCUGUCACCUUCUCCCUGUCACCUUCUCCCUGUCACCUUCUCCCUUUCACCUUCUCCCUGUCACCUUCUCCCUGUCACCUUCUCCCUGUCCCCUUCUCCCUGUCCCCUUCUCCCUGUCACCUUCUCCCUGUCACCUUCUCCCUGUCACCUUCUACCUGUCACCUUCUCCCUGUCCCCUUCUCCCUGUCCCCUUCUCCCUGUCACCUUCUCCCUGUCACCUUCUCCCUGUCACCUUUUGCCCCUGUCCCCUUCUCCCUGUCACCUUCUUCCUGUCACCUUCUGCCCCUGUCACCUUCUCCCUGUCACUGUCUCUCCUUUUCCCCACCUCUCCCCACUCCCCUCUCAGGUUCGGGCUGGACAGCAGGGCGUUGGGCCACACUAAGUUGGCACGAUCCUGCACACACUGCAAACUCUUUGCUCAGAUUGGGGCACCUGCUGCGUUUCCAGUGCACUCGCGGCAUGACUUCCUCGCCCAACCGUCACAUUGA